GUAGAUCUUUGUUUCUAAUUUGGAACCGACAUGGCUCCCAACUAAUAGGAAUCUCAAAGCUUCUCACUCUCUCUUGUGUCGGAUCUUUCAACUCCGCAGCAUCUACCUGCGGCUCUCUUUCACUGUUCCGUUGGACUUUUGGACAUAAAGCUAUGCAAACUGAGGAACUUUUGUCGCCACCUCAGACUCCUUGGUGGAAUGCUUUUGGAUCUCAGCCGUUGACUACGGAGAGCCUUUCCGGAGACGCUUCUGAUGCAUUCGCCGGAGUUAAGGCAGUUACUCCGGAGACAGAACAAGAUGUGGUGGAUAAACAAUGUUCUACAACUCUCUUCACUCUCUCACCUGGUGGUGGAAAGAGUUCACAAAAUGUGCCAAAGCCUCAUGUCGCUUUCACGAUGCAAUCAGCUUGCUUCGAGUUUGGCUUUGCUCGGCCAACGAUCUACACAAAGCAUCCUCAUGUAGAACAAUACUAUGGAGUUGUUUCAGCCUAUGGAUCUCAGAGGUCUUCGGGCCGAGUAAUGCUGCCUCUUAAGAUGGAUACAGAAGAGGAUGGUACCAUCUAUGUGAACGCUAAGCAGUACCAUGGAAUUAUUAGGCGACGCCAGUCCAGAGCAAAGGCUGAAAAACUGAGUAGAUGCCGUAAGCCAUAUAUUCAUCACUCACGCCAUCUCCAUGCUAUGCGCCGUCCUAGAGGAUCUGGGGGGCGUUUCUUGAACACCAAGAAAGCUGAUGCAACUAAGCAGUCUAAGCCGAGCAAUUCUCAGAGUUCUGAAGUCUUUCAUCCGGAAAACAAGACCAUGAACUCGUCGAGGGAAGCAAACAUGCCAAAUCUCUCAGGAUCCGAAGUUACAAGUAUGGAUUACUUUCUAAGUUCGUCAGUCUAUACUCCUAGUGGCAUGGUCAUGCCUCUCAAGUGGAAUGCAGCAACAAUGGAUAUAGGCUGCUGCAAUCUUAAUACAUGAUCAAGAGAUAGGGACAAGACUUGGGGUUGGUUCACCGGUCUUUUGUCUUGUCCCUUAUCUUUCAGCCAAACGGAGAGAGGAGAACUUGUGUCCUGAAAAAGGACAAUGAGUUUCCUUGGUUUAUAAGAUUGGUCCUUAUACCAUCGUUUGGCUGUAAUCAGGCAAAUCAUCUUUGGCUCAUCCUUCAUCAAGGACUUCGGUUCGUCUCAACGCAUCUUUAUAAGAUUUGAACUGGUGAAUAGACCUUGGGUUAUGUUUUAAGUAAAGUUAAAAUUAGUGAAUAAAAAUGAUGGGUUGCUACUACCCUCUUAUUCCAACUAAUGUUUAUGUUUAUGAAACAUAUGUAAGAAUUUCAAGUUAACGUGGUUUAUGUUAUGUAACAAAGUUAAAAAAUAUAUU